CAAGAAUACUAGUUGAUUUAGGUUUGGUCUCGAGUCUUUCUAUAUAUACCAACAGUGGUGCUAGGUUAUUACUCGGAAGAGUUAGAGUCUUGAGAAUAGCUUUAAGAGAAAAUCUCAUAAUUGAGAUUCGUGAAUUGUGGGCGCACUUUUCCAAGACCUGAGUAGUAUUUUAUUCUGUCUGCGGCUGUUUGAAUUUCGCUUCAGUUGCGGGAAAAUCUUACGUAAGAAAAAGAACAGUAUUUUGCGAGGGAAAGCCAGAUACCAACGUUAACCUUAACCAUGUGAGAUGGGAACGAGAUACCAAAAUUUCGUGGAUACUAUCUUUAAUUAUAAGGGGUGUCAUUCGAACCCGGAGAUGUUAUCCACUCAAUUCCAGAAUUUGGUCCCCCAUCCGGCGUUUGAUGCUCAUCCACUUAAUAAAGCUUCUAGCAUUUAUCAGUCUUCACAAAUAGCUGCGCCUGGGCUUGGGUGGAUGCCUGAUUUUCACAGUAUAAGUUCACAGUAUGGCGACUUGAUGACUACGGGUAUCGACCAUAACGGUACCGGCUAUGUAUAUCAUGACUAUUUGCCUCAAGGUUUUUCUUUCAGUAACCAGGGUGCUAGCUCUAGAUUUAUUGCAUCUGACGGGAAUAACAUGUUUACUUCUCUCGGAAAAAACCCAAUUUCUGCUGAGGUCAUUACUUCUCCGGAGCAUAUAGUUCUUAUUAAUGAAGGUUAUCGAUUCAACAACCAGGAUAUUGCCUGUAGAUUUAUCGCGCCUGAUGGAGAUAACAUGUUUUCACCUUUGGGAAAACUGUCAAUUUCUCCUGAGAUCAUUACUUCUCCAGAGCAGAUCUCUUCAAUCACGGCAUGCUCGGAUGUGGACCUGCAUUCUGAUGGUGAAUACUGUGAUGGAGGAUCAACUUUUCCUUCCAUCAGAUUAAACUACUUAUCGAAGCCAUCAUCGCAAAGUUGCAAUCCGGUGCAACAAGGGGAGUUGGACUUAGAAGAUCAGAGACUUAUGGAGGCCAAUCAGAAUGUUUAUCAUGAGGUUCUUCCUAUACCAUCUGUUCAACAUGGGCAGAUACCUUAUCCAAACACAUGCAUUUUGGAACAGGUUUUUGAUAGGAUUCCUCAGGGGUCCAAUUCUCUUGCCAGUCAGAUUGCUGGUAAUGCAAUAUCAACUCAUGAAGACUUGUUGCAAGAUCAACUUCCACAAUUGAAUCAAUUGCCUGGACAAUUGCAGUUUGAUGAGCUGUCUAAGGCCCUCAUCAGGGAGGUUGAUUCAGAAAGCCAGUGUGACAAUUAUACCUCUAACGAAAGGUCCUUGAAGCUGAGCCAAUUUUCUGUAGAGCAAGAAUGUCAUAGCCAGCAACAACAGCCAUCUAUUUUGCAACAAAUUGGAGUAUCAAAGAUUGCAGAUUCAACUAAUUUGUCGAUUCAGGACAUUCUUCUUCAGUAUAUUCACCACAGUAAUGAUGUUCAGAAUAAAGGGAAGAACCAAGCUACCUUUUUGAAGAAAUUGCAUGACAUGCGAUGCCAGGACAAAGACUGCAAGUGUGACAGGGACCGCGCACUUAUUUGCCAUUAUGAAAACUGUAGCUACCUUUUUUGUAGCAUUUGCAAGCCUGUCCGAGAGUUGUGUUCUGCUGAUAGAGUUCAGUCAGGGUUGGGAGAUUUAAGAUCUGAUCCAUUGAUGGCUGUCCAUGGUAGAGAGUGUUCUGGCUCUGGCACUUAUAUAGGUGAAGUUGCUCUACCUCCUCCCAAACGCAAGAGGUUGGAGGAUUGCUUUUUGUCUGGGAACGUUUCUUCUUCUCCGGAUGCUGAUUCAGUUGAUGAAUCUUUCAAAUCUGGAGGGACUUCACAGUGCAAAAGCUGGUCUGAAAGUCCUCUGUGUAAUAAUGAAAAUCAAGAAGUUACAAAAAUGGAAGACUUAUGCUUUCAUGAGAAUCCCAUUCCAGAUAUGAAAAGAGAGAAGUUACACUCUUCAGAAGACACAGCUUUUGUAACAUCAAAUCAUAACCCUGAAAAUAGUCAAGGAGUGGCAUAUGGUGAUGGGCCCUUUCUUUGUGGAAAGCUCAAUUAUGGGACUAGCAAAUCUGGUGAUUUGAAGUCUGACAUUCUACCUGUUCUUGAGGAGCCAAACGUUGUCCAAGAAAAGGGGGGGAUACAUUAUUUGUCCAAGCCUACCCAACCUGAAUCAAAAGCUAAAGCAGACUCAAGAGAAGCUGCAACUGAUAAUCAAUCAGGGACCAGUUUGGAGGAUGUGAAGAAGCUACCUGUGUCAUUGGUUGACUUUCUCAGUUCUGUGGAAAUAAAUGAACAUAUAUGCAGUCUCAGUCAAUCAGUGGCUCAGGGCAUUACAACGGAGUCAAAAGAAAACCUCAUGGAAAGUUGUGUUGCCGAAAACAAGUGCCAGUUGUGCAACAUGGAUCAGCUUGUCUUUAGCCCAACACCUAUGUAUUGUUCAUCCUGCAAUCUUCGCAUCAAGCACAAUUUGAUAUAUUAUUGGACACUAGAUGAAAUGGGUUCUAGGCAUUGUUUCUGUACACGAUGCUUUAAGGAGUCCCGUGGCGGUAGUAUUACAUUACAACAGGGGAUGUCUGUAUCUAAGGCACUACUUCAGAAGGAAAGGAAUAAUGAGGAAAAUGAAGAAUCGUGGGUGCAAUGUGACAAGUGUGGUUGCUGGCAACAUCAGAUCUGUGGUUUGUAUAAUGCCAAAAGAGAUGCAGAGGGAAAGGCCAAGUAUAUUUGUCCAUAUUGCCGCUUAAAAGAGAUUGAAAUUGGUGAGCAUGUGCCUCUACCUGCUGCUUUUGGGGCAAAAGAUCUUCCGCGUACAAAACUAAGUGAUCAUAUUGAGCAGAGACUGUUUGGGAAACUCAAGAGAGAAAGAGAAGAGAGGGCGAAGUUUCUGGGUAAAGAUCUUGAUGAGGUACCUGAAGCAGCAGAACUCGUUGUUCGUGUGGUCUUAUCUAUGAACAAACUUUUGCAAGUGAAGCAGCAAUUCUUGGAUAUUUUUCCUGAUGAAGAUUAUCCAGAAGAGUUCCCAUAUAAGUCCAGGGUGAUCCUAUUGUUCCAGAAAAUUGAAGGCGUAGAUGUAUGUCUAUUUGGUAUGUAUGCCCAGGAGUUUGGAUCAGAAUGUGGUCAACCAAAUCAGCGCUGCCUCUAUAUCUCAUAUCUGGAUUCUGUCAAGUACUUUAGGCCUGAAAUAGAAACUGUUUCUGGUGAAGCUCUUCGCACCUUUGUAUAUCAAGAAAUUUUGAUUGGUUAUCUUGAUUACUGCAAGAAACUGGGCUUUGCAACCUGCUAUAUAUGGGCUUGCCCACCAAUAAAAGGGGAGGAUUAUAUUCUGUACUGCCAUCCCGAGACUCAGAAAACGCCAAAGCCAGAAAAGUUGCGGCAGUGGUACAAGUCAAUGCUUAAGAAAGCGGUGCAAGAGGGUAUCGUGGUGGAUUACACCAAUAUGUAUGAUCGUUCUUUUAUUUCAAAUGGGGAGUGCGGUACCAAGAUAACAGCAGCUCGUUUGCCAUAUUUUGAUGGAGACUAUUGGUCGGGGGCUGCUGAGGAGAUGAUAAUGGACAUGAGAAAGCCAAAAGGAGAAGCACGAGGGAAGGUCAAAAAUUUGACAAAGCGAUCUCUGAAAGCAAUGGGACUUGACAAUCUGACUGAUGAUGCAACAAAAGAUAUCCUGGUGAUGCAAAAGCUGGGCCAUACCAUCUUACCUUUGAAGGAAGACUUUCUAGUCGUCCACCUGCAGUUCACUUGCAAGAACUGUCAUAACUUAAUUCUAUCUGGUGCACAUUGGUUUUGUAACCAAUGCAAAAAUUAUUAUUUAUGUUCAAGAUGCCUUCAAGUGGAGCAAACUCCUAAUGAGACAAAAACACAUACUUCCUCUGGCGGUGAAGAACAUUUCCUGUCACAGGUCACGGUUAAUGACAUACCUAUCGAUACUGCAGAGAGUGAUGUCAUUUUAGAUAAUGAUAUCUUUGAAAAUCGCCACUCUUUCCUGAGUUUCUGUCAGGGAAACCAUUACCAGUUUAAUACUCUUCGCCGUGCCAAGCACUCGUCAAUGAUGAUCUUGUAUGAUCUCCACAAGCAGAUGCCAUUUACUAUGGUGACAACCUGCAGUAUUUGCUUUAGAGAUAUCAUGAUUGGAGCAGGAUGGCAUUGUGAGAGUUGUCCUAGCUUUGACAUUUGUAUUACAUGCUACCAUAAAAGUGGCAAAGGUUGUCAUAACCACAAGUUGGUCCAGCAUUUGACUAAAAAUCAAGCACAGCGGAAGAAAGCAUUUCAGGUGGAAGUUCUAAAUGCAUUAGAUCAAGCCUCUCAAUGUCAUGUGACAAGAAGCAGCCCUUGCUCACACCCUCGGUGUCUUCAAGUUAGAAAGCUUUUUCAUCACUCAAGUCAAUGCAAAAUUCGGCAUGCAGGGGGUUGUCAGUACUGUUGGAAAGUAUGGUUCAUGAUACGUACACACUCAAGGGUGUGCAAGGAUUCCAGGUGCCCAGUGCCACGAUGCAUGGAUGUUAAAGAGCAAACUGAAAUGUGGUCAAGGAAGUCAGAGAUGCGCAGAAGGGCUGCAGUCAAAAGUUUAAAACUGCUUGAGGUUUCAUGCGACAGUUGAUUGCCUGAUGUACAUGUGGCAGAAUCAUCUUACUUAUAAAACAGUUCAAAGGCCGUAACAGGACUUUUUUGUGUAGUGAUAAACAGAAACUAGGUUUCAAGAAUCUGGUCCAUUAUUGGUUGACAAAGCUGCUCCCUGUCAUGGGUGGAUAAGAGUCACAUUAGCUUGCAGACUAUGCUCAGAAAUUCUUGGGCAAUUUUGCUUACAGAUAAACGAGAGGAAACUGUAUAUAACAUAGAUUAGGAUAUCAUAGGUAACAAUCUUCUAAUAAUUAAACUUACCUGUAAAAAGUGAUCCAGAACAAAGUAGUUUCAGCUUGAGUCCGAUAUGGCCUGAUAAAGUAGGUUCACAUUUGUAUUUGUAUAAUUCUGUUAGCUUUCUCGGCUGUCUAGUUCUUCUUCUAUCUAGUGGCAUCAUCGAGAUGAUUCUGGAUGUAUGGGUAUUUGAUGUAUUAAAGUUUUAUUUUUUCUUUUUUGAACACAGAUUGCAGCAGAAGCUGUAUGUAUGCAUGAUUUCUUCAAAUAAAGAUAAAAGAUUAUCUUAGGUCUCC